AUGGCAGCAGGGACAGUUGCUCGUCCAAAAGUGUUGUACUCUUGCUGGAGACGAGAGCAUGGAAGCGGGACAUUUAAGGAUUCACUCGGCCAACCUCGUGUCUCGCAUGUCAGCGCGAUCCAUCAAGGGUUGGCAGUGAUGCGUAGGAAGAAAGGCUUCGGAGCAUGGCGAUCUAUCGUGUGCAGCUGUGGACUUGUGAGCGUUCCUUUUGUCACGACAGCCCUGCUCGUCAGACUCAGUUUCAUCGCUUGGGUGCGCUGGAUGCAGUACGCACUACGCGCUCGUCUUCGUAUCGUCUCGUACAUAUCAAGACUCCCGUCGGAUUCGGAACUUGUUGUAUUGCAUCUCCGUGUCCGUGUGAAGACUGCUGUGAAAUAUGUGUAUACCUCCCUUCAGUCCGACUCCACCCUAGGAUAUCGCUGUAAAUCGGUGCCACCGAAGGGCCGGAAUCCAACGAUCCCACCUGGCAGAUUCGACAUAAAUCGGCCGGGCCAUAACCCAGAUCAGACUCCCGCCUCCACUGCCCGUGCCUCUGCUGUCAUCCCCGUCUCCCAGUCCAGGUCCUCCAGUCCACCAGGCAGACCGGGAGCCUAGUACAGGAAGUCCAAGUACCUACCUAGUCUAGGUCGCCCAACUACUAACUAAGAACAACUUCCGUCCAACAACUUGAACACCCGACUCCCACAUUCAGGUUGUUGUUCGCCUUCCGCCCCUGCCGCCGCCGCUCCACGCUCCGCCCCCCUCCCCAUUCCCCAGUCUUCCAUCCCGUCCGCUGCCUCUGACAACCACAAAAAAACUGGCUUGGUCAUUCCGCCGACCCCUUCCUUCCCUUUGCCAGGG